UCAGUAUCGGCUCCGCGUAUAUCUUGGUUUGAUUUUGCCAUAGAAGGUUGUUUCUAAUUUUCCAUACAUGGCUCGCCCUAUGUUGUUGUACUUGUUGGCAUCUGCUUUAGCCCUUUUGGUUUAUUCUUCGGUGGCCUCCGCCGAAAUCGUGGAGCAUUCUUUUCAGGUGCAAGAUUUAACCAUGAGCCGGUUGUGCAAACAACAAGUUAUCACCGUCGUGAAUGGAAGCCUUCCCGGCCCAACUAUACAAGUUCAUGAGGGUGACGCACUGAUCAUUCAUGUCUUCAAUAAAUCUCCUUAUAACCUUACAAUUCAUUGGCACGGGAUUUUCCAGUUACACAGUGCAUGGGCGGAUGGACCUGAAUAUGUAACUCAAUGCCCAAUACUCCCUGGAAAUAAAUACACAUACAGAUUCGCCAUCACAGGUCAAGAAGGGACCCUUUGGUGGCAUGCCCACGCCCAGUGGCUUCGUGCAACUGUUUAUGGCGCGCUGAUCAUCCGACCAAGAAAAGGUUACUCUUAUCCUUUCCGGAAACCCUUUGAAGAAUUCCCAAUUCUUUUGGGAGAGUGGUGGAAUGCUAAUAUUAUCGAGAUCGAGGAGCAAGCACUAGCUGAUGGGCAUGGGCCUAACAUUUCUAAUGCUUUCACCAUCAACGGUUGGCCUGGUGAUUUGUAUAAUUGCUCAUCAACCGGCACGUAUAAGCUGAAGGUUGUACAAGGAGAAACGUAUCUCUUGCGCAUCAUCAACGUUGCGCUCUAUAGUGAGCUCUUCUUUAAGAUAGCAAGCCAUAACAUGACGAUCGUCGCCGUCGAUGCUUGUUACACCAAUCCAAUGGUCACUGACGUCAUUGUCAUAUCCCCGGGCCAGACCAUAGACGUGCUACUCACCGCCGACCAACCAUUAGCCUCCUAUUACAUGGCGGCACAUUGCUACGACAGCUUGGGAGAUGCUUAUGAUGCAACCACCACCACCGGGAUCAUUACGUAUGAAAAUGCCACACCAUCAUCCCCACUGAUGCCGAACCUACCCGCCGUUGACGACACUUCUGCGGCCUUCGAAUUCUUUUCCAGCCUGACGAGUCUUGUGAACGGGCCUCACUGGGCACCAGUCCCACUCGAAAUCGAUGAACACAUGCUUGUGACGGAAGGCUUGGGGCUGGUCCCUUGCGGAGCAAACAAUACUUGUGGGGCUCCUUUAGGACUACAAUUUGCUGCGAGCAUGAACAACGAAUCUUUCGAGCUCCCUACCAAGUUAUCUAUGUUAGAAGCGUUUUACUACAAUCUGACGGCUGGGAUCUACACCACCGAUUUUCCUAAAUAUCCGCCAGUGGUAUUCGACUACACGAGUCUAAGCAACAACUUGAAUAAGGCGCUCGUGAUGACAUCAAGGUCAACAAAGGUUACGAAAUUGAAGUAUAAUUCUACGGUUCAGAUUGUAUUUCAGAACACGGCAUUGGUGGGUCAACAAAGUCACCCGAUACAUUUGCACGGGUUUAACUUUUAUGUUUUGGCCCAAGGAUUUGGCAAUUAUGACCCCGUGACAAGGCCAAAAAUGUUCAAUCUCGUUAAUCCACAAAUACGCAAUACUGUUGGAGUGCCCAUUGGAGGAUGGACCGUCAUCAGAUUCACGGCAAAUAAUCCUGGUGUAUGGUUGAUUCAUUGUCACUUCGAUACGCACUUGUCGUGGGGGCUAGCAACUGCUUUUGUUGUCGAGGACGGACUCAACCCAUCAACUUCUUUGCCUAUUCCUCCGCCAGAUCUACCCCGUUGUUCGUUGUAUGCUAACCAAACAAGAUUUUUUACCACGGGUGGUGAUAACGCCAAAACUGUUUUUGAUAAGGUCAAAACCUUAGUGCAUAGGUUUGGCUCCUUGUCUGCUUUUCUUGUACCAUGUUUUAUUGUAUUUGUGUGGUUUUCUUGUACCAUGUGCAAAGUACAACACUUUUAUCAAGGAAAAUGUUAACCUC